UAUUUUAAACCAGUAUACUCAACACAUGCGUUCAAUUAACAUCGUUUGAAUUUUGAAUCCGGCAUUCAAAGUAAAUGAAAAAAAAAAAUAAGUUCUUUGUAUUAAUCCGGGUGUUUCAUUGGAAAAUUAUUUUUUUUAGUGACAUUACAAAUUAGAUAUCGACAAUAUGAUAAGAAAUCAUUUUAUUUGUUGAAUCAGAUUUUGAAUUGUAUAUGUUUGUUCAGUGACGAUUCUUUGAAGAUUAUUGAAGUUUUUUUAUGACUUUAAACAUUGGUGCCUUCAUAUUACAUUUUAUCUGGUUUAUAAAAAAUUAUAUGAAAGAAACGUGAAAGUCCUAAAUUAAUAAAGCAGAACCGAGGAACUAACAGAACUUUUAUCAAUUUUACCAAUUUUAAUCUAUCACACACGUUGUAUAAAUUAAAUAAAUUGCAAAUUUGGUUCAAUAGGACUCGCAAAAAUUAUGUGAUUGUGCUCAAAACAUUUUUGUGAUUGUAAGAUAUAAUAAUUUCGAGUUUUGUGUUUAACUAACAUUGAUCCAAGAAUGGCUUGUUUGCAAAUUUGAAAGGUGCUAAACAAGAUUCUGUUUUAAGAAGAAAAAAAAAGUUUGUUUAUACAACGCAGCAGUUGGAACGUAAUCUAAAUUUGGAAUAAAUUAUUCAUAAUUUUAUAGAGUUCAAGAUGUUGAAACAAAUACUACGUGAAAUGUACAUCGAUCCAGAAAUUCUGGCCGGAUUAGACGAAACACAAAAGCAAACGUUGUUUUGCAAAAUGCGCGAAGAGCAGAUCAGACGAUGGAGACUGUGGGACCAGAAGUACGAACAAAAUUUAGAAACAAUUGAGCAAAAUAAAUUGAACAAAACGAACGACAAACGAUCCGUAUCAUUUCGUACCGGCGAUGACGGUGAAGUUUGGGUGUGGGUAAUGGGAGAGCAUCCGGACGAUAAGACGAUUGAAGAAAUUCUGGCAGACGAAGCGAAACGAGAAGCUCGAGAAUUGGCUGAAAUUGAAACGAAAGAGUAUCGACGGUCGUAUGUCGCUGAGUUUUCAGAUUUUUCCGAAAUUAUUGAUUAUGAUUCGGAUUCUUCGAUAAAUAAAAUUGACAAUGUGGAGUUGGACACGCCGAAAAUUGACGAUAUGGAGAUCUACUGUUCCGUGGACGAAUUGCGCGAUAGACUGAAAACGAAUAACAUAAGCAGCAAGACAACGCCUAAGAUAAACAGUUUUACACAAAGUAUGUAUAGCAGUCGAAUACCGAAUUACAAUCUAUCCAGCACCAACAACGUAGAUAAGGUUGAGAAUUUGAAAGACUCAGUGCAGAAGCCGUCACAAAAGGUCUCCGCAAAGAUUGCACUAUGGGAGAAGCGUGUUAUUAACGAGAAAACAAAUGAAAUUUAUAAACGAAUACAGAAGAAGCAACAGGAAUCAGUUAAGGAAGCCGAAGAAGCAGCAAGGAAGCAGGAAGAAUUCUGGCAAGAACAGGAAAAGAAAUCAAAAGAAGCUGAAUGCCAAAUGCGUGCAAUUGCCCGACGUGCUAGAGAAGAGCAUCGAAAAUCUAUGACCACUGAACAAUUGAACGAAUUUUCCAACGAUGACAAUUCACCGUUAGUUAGCUCAAGUCCACCAUCCAGCUUAGAUUCAAACAUUUCGAAACCUCCCAGUCAAGACGCUGUCUUGAAAUGGUAUCGUGGCGAAGAGUUCCCCAAAGGUUGUGGGAUAAAUUCCGACGACGGAAAACCAUUUCAGUGGUUUCACGGAUUGGUGACGAGAUUAGACGCAGAAGACUUGUUGUCAGACGAACCACGAGGAACGUUUCUAGUUAGAGUAUCGGAAAAGAUUUGGGGCUACGCAAUUUCGUAUAAAGACGGUGACAGAUGCAAGCAUUACCUGGUGGAUACUUCUAGUGGCACAUACCAGUUCCUGGGAGCUAAUCAACUAACGCAUAAAAGUCUAAAUGACCUAAUCUUUUACCAUGCUCACGUACCAAUUACAAUGAGCGGAAAUGAACUUUUGCUGGAGCCACGUCUUCAGACCAGUGAUUGCCCUAAAAUAUUGGAUGGUUUAUUAUAGAAGGAGUGUUGCGAACAGUCAUUGAAUGACCUAGCCUUUUACAAAACGACUGAUGUUGCAUUUGUAAUAAUGAAAGCGAUUUUUUUUAGUUUAAAGGAUUAUUGAUAAACGCCAUUUUUUGGAUGUCUUGACUUUAAAUUUGUAAUGUUUACCUAUGUGUACUAUGAAUUCGUUAUAUUUUUAUUAUUAUUGAUCGGAACAAAAUGUUCAAUUCAUUUCAAUUAGUCAGAGGACGUAAUUUUAAAUUCAAAAGCACUUAUUAAUUCGUUGUGAUUAAAAAAUUAAUAAAGUAAAAAAAUCUGUAAAGAAUUGACUUUUAAAUGGA